CGUGUGAAGAGAAAAUAUUCAAAAUACAAAUACUCACAAUCAAAAUGUGUUCUUAGAUACUAGCGCUAGCGAUCGUGUUGACGAACAGUUCAUAGGGUAGAGGUAGAGAUGGAGGGAGCAGAGCAGGGUGUCGACGACGGAGACGAUCUUUUCCUCGACUAUGACGAUGAUGAUUGCGAUGAACUAAACAAGAAACGAAAUGAGGAGAAUAGUGAUGAAGACGACGAUAACGUGGAAGACCUUGACGACAGCGAGAAGUGCUUCAAGCUGGUACUGCUCGGGAAAUGGCCCGAGCUAAUGGAAGUGCUCAAGUCUUCAGAGAAUGCCAGUGAUCUGGUUCAGCUGGUGGAUGAUCGCGGCAUUCAUAUACAGUGCUUUGCUGCCAUGCUGGGACGCACCAAGUGUUUGAAUGUGCUGCUGGAGAGUGGAGCUGAUCGAGAUGUAGCCUUCUCUAAACACGGGCUGAGGCUUCAGCAUCUGGCUGCCGCAUGGGGACGCGAGGACUGCCUAGCAUCCUUACUGGAACAGGGCUGUGAUGAGUUUCUCAUGUCGUCUUCCGGCACCACGACGUUCAUGCAAGCAGUGCGUAACAAGCAAGCCAGCACCACUCAACUACUGCUGAUGCGACACAUGACAUCCAGUAUGAAAGAGCUCAUCGUAGCAGUCAAGGCACGCCUUGAUGACAAGAAGCUUGUCGCAGAAUGUGGAAUGAAGGGACCAGAAGUGAGCAAGCUCAGCACGACUUGUAGCAAGAGAGCCGAUCAACUCAAGUCCACGAAACAGAAGGUACCCGCUACCUGGGAGGAAGUGAAUGAACAGUACCUAGAUCUACUGGAGACUGUUGCACCAACCGUGAGAAGGCUGCAGGAGGCCGGCUAUGACGUUGCGCAUUUCACUGAACCAGAGGAGUUCACUGCGGCGAGUACGAGGGAGAGGUAUGUGAACCUGUGCCGUUCCUUAGAGCUGAUCGAUGAAAAGACUGCGAAAAUCAUCCUGGCAAGGUAGACUGAAACUCAAAAGCAUGUGCUCUGUGCGUGGCGUAGUUCCAGCCAUGAUUGCACGGAGAGUUAGCCUGCUGCACACAGUACAUCGGACCCAUGCAGCUCGGCUAAGUGGUCACAAGGCGGUGACGUGGUGCUACGAGGAGCCAGGGACUCUGGACCAUGUGACCACCAUGCUGAUGACCAAGUCCGCGCAGGAAUGGUGGAACGCGGAUGAUAUGCCACAGUGCAGUGCAAUGUCAUGCAUUGCAACGCUAACUGGCCCAUUCUAUAAAUGGAUGCAUGUGAGAGAGUGCAUGUGAGAGAGUGCAUGUGUCACCCCUUCACAGAUAACCAUCUAUCCUUAUGUUGGAGAUCUUGAAGGAUUUUUUCCAAUGUUGGCUAUGUGCGUGUGUAGCACUUGCUGGUGCUUCUUUCUCACUAGCCAUGGGUCUGUUUGCCAGCGAACACACCGUCAGCCGUCAAAGAAUGCUCGCAACACAUUGCACUUGACUGAACUUCCUCCACUCGUCCAUGUACUGUCAAGCCACUGCCUUUGCAUGUUACAGUAGAAACAGUACUAGCCGUGAGAAGCACAGCAAUUACGGCCGAUCAAUGUGCACACGUUAAUUUGCUACGCCAGCAUGCCACAAUAAACUUGGGUACAUCCAGUUUUAGCAGGGAUUGUAUACUGCUCAAUCUUUCCUAUCAGUGCUCUCACUUAAAGUGAGAAAUCACAAUGUUAUACAAUCUAUAAUGUAAUAGGAGUAUGAGUAUGAGUCUGUCCCUCCAGGAAAUCGCGGUUCCCAGAUGCAACAAAUUUCGCGGUUUUGGCUCAAACCCGCGUUUUUCUGCAUAAUCCGCGAUUUCCCGCGUUUUUUUGUUGUUUUCUGCACUUUUUCAAACAUUCUUCUGUACUUUUCCCGCAGUGCUUUCCAUGA